UAUUAAACGUCACUUUUAAACAGUAGGAGACGAUAAUUUCGCAGAACAUGUCACGUAUUUUUUCUAUUUUAUUCGUCACUAUAACGAUUACUCUGUUUGUUAUUGUGAAUGCAAAAAAUCAACCACCGAUUGUUUGUGAUCAACCAAACGAAGAAUAUCAAUGUGGUUCAGCUUGCCAAACACGGUGCGAUACUCUCGGAGAGCCAUGUCCUAUCAUAAAUAUCAAAUGCAACGAGGGCUGUUACUGCAUAAAUGGAUACGCUAGAAACGAUAAUGACGUGUGUGUACCUAUCAACGAAUGUCCUCCUAAAAAAGUAAAAAGUACUCCCGUACCGUGUAAUGCAGAACAAUGAUAAAUAAAUCUAAUAUAACACAAAUAAUUCAAUAAAUAUCUAUUUAAAUGAAAAACCUAAUA